GUCUAGAGAUCUAAGAGAAUAAUACUUAUAUAAAGCUGAAAUGAAGAUGUUUCCUAUAUUCAUUCUUGCCUUUCUCAAACGCACGUACAAACUUUUAGCCAUCAAGAUUGACUUCAGCAAUCAAUUAUUUGUAUGUUGUGCCAAUAAUUUGGAAUUAUUUUAUUUACACGAUGAUGUUCACUGCAGCGAUUGUUGUCAUUGCUCUUUCAAGUGCAGCGAUAUGCAACCACGAUUUCGGCGAUGGCGCAAUCUUCGCGAGAAACACAAAUACAAAUUCUGUUCGUCCCCAAUCGAAUUUAAAUACAUAUUGGCCGAUCUUUAAUAUGCAACAAUCGUUGCAAAGAUCUCAAACCUUCCAGACAGGAAUAAACUCCCGACAGAAUAACGUAACGAACCAUCGCGUGCAGCGACCAUCACUGUUUCUUACUCCACCGAAGAUCAGUUAUCUAACUUCCUUUACAUCAUACAAUCCUAAGUUAAAUCAGCACUCAACGACUUUUUCGCCUCUAAAUAUCCUGAAAUCGUCGCUCACUCAUUUAUCGUCACAAUCUCCACCUUUUUCAAUGACUAGUGCAGGACCGAUUCAUUCUGCGUCCAGGACUGGCAAGCAAUUGGCUGGACAUACAGGUGGAAACGAAGGCAUUUCUUUUAGAAAGUAUGUGUCCUCACGUAUCCUUCCUAAUAUAACAAAAACUACGACACAAAUUGCUGAAUCUAUCACAAUUAAUAGUUUAAUAGGUGCUAGUGAGCUGAGUACGCAGAAUAUAUAUACGUCCAUUCAAGCCACUGUUGAGUCUCAUCAUCCCCCACAUAUCCAUGAUCUUAAUGUGGAAUGUAGUAAGACAAUGAUGACGAUUCAUAUUGAAUUCAAUCGCGCUUUCAACGGCAUUAUUUAUUCUAAAGGAUAUUAUGCGAAUCCGGAAUGUAUAUACGUAAAAGAGAAUUCCAGCUCAAUACAGUAUUCUUUUACUGUAAAUUUAGACUCUUGCGGAACUCAAUUCAUUAAUGAUUUCAAGGGUGCGACUGGACAAGCAUAUUUGGAAACCGUCCUUGUAUUACAAAAUGAACCAGGUAUACAAGAAGUAUGGGAUGCAAUUCGAAGAAUACGAUGUCUUUGGAAAGGAAACAUUAAUAAGUCUUUAAUGGUGAAUCUCUCAAUAGAUAUGUUGAACCAGGAGAUCGUUACUUUUAGUGGCGAUACUGCAACAAUCAAAUUGGAUAUUCAAAUCGGUAAAGGACCUUUUGCACCUACAGUCGAUGGACUCGUAAAGAUCGGAGAAACCAUGACCUUAGUAGUUUCCGUGAAGGGCGAUCCUAGUUUCGAUCUUCAGGUGCGUGACUGUUUGGCGCGAGACGAAGCCUCAACCAAUAUGUUGCAGCUCACCGACGAAAGAGGCUGCAUUCUGAAACCGAAACUGUUUGGUGCCUUCCAAAAGACAAACAAUACCGGCAAUACAGGCGCUUCCAUGAUCGCUUAUGCGUUCUUUCAAGCCUUCAAAUUCCCUGAUGUUAUGGAUUUGUUCAUCGAAUGUAAUGUCGAAUUAUGUAAAAUUAAUUGCGAUCCUUGUCCGGAUACAAAUCAAGUACAAAAAUUAAUUUAA